GGCCUUGGAUUUAGUAUGGCUUCUUUGGAAAACUGCCCCAGAUCAUAUACCCAUAAAAUUAAUUUAGUUUAUAGUCGUAGCUCAGAUCUAACACACAUCACAAUCGCCGCUAAAAUGAAACGUGAACUUUUAACGUUACUUUGCGUUUUGUCAAGUGUCAAUAGCCUUAGCUAUACGGUCACAUCCAAAAUUUAUAUGGAUGUGAAAAUUAAUAAAAAACCAGCAGGACGAAUAGUUUUCGGGCUCUUUGGUGACGAAGCUCCAAAAACAGUGAAAAAUUUUAGGCAUAUUUGCUUGAAGGGUAUCAAUGGAACGACAUAUAUCGGAUCUAAAUUUCAUAGAAUCAUCGAUAGAUUUAUGGUCCAAGGUGGGGACAUAGUUUUGGGCAAUGGACUCGGAUCCACAAGCAUUUAUGGAGAUUAUUUCGACGAUGAAAAUCUUACAAUUGAGCAUCUUAGACCGGGUUAUAUAGGAAUGGCUAAUCGUGGACCAAACACCAAUGGAUGUCAGUUUUAUGUAACAUCGGUAGCAGCCAGGUGGCUUGACGGAAAACACGUUGUUUUUGGAAAAGUGGUCGAAGGAAUGGAUACUCUUUACGCAAUAGAGAGUGUUAAGACCGACACUGAAGAUUUUCCUCUACAACCUGUUGUUAUAACGAAUUGCGGAGAAAUGCCAACAGAACCUUACCAGUUCUACCCAGAUGAAUACAAUAUUAUCGGAUGGGUUAAAGCAGCUGGCCCAGCACUUGUGAGCUCUUUAUGUGUUUUAGGAACAUUCCACUACUUUUAUCGCCAAUUGAGUAUGUAUUGUUAAGAGCCUUUAAACAAC